AUGGACGGAUGGCGUCACAGAUUUAAGCAAGCCGUGGUUCGUGCAGGGCCGCUUGAAGGGGCUCGCUACCUCGAUGUUACUGCUGAUUGGUUGACCCGUGCCGGUCGCCACUAUCCUGAGGACAAGCGGUUUGAAAAGUUUGCAAGAAUGGCUUCGGAUGUGACUGUUGCACCCGACGCGCAGCCGCCGGCUGCAGUGGAGGACGCUGCUCUGCUUGAGCGUCCGUGUCGCGUUGCCCGCCGCGCCGCAGUGCCGCUUCCGUUGCGGCUUUUCCGGCAGGCUCGUGCCAAGCUCGUAGCGUUGCCCAAAAGUGCCAGGCUCUGGCUGUUGCUUAGUUGUCUGCUGUUUUUGGCCAAGCCGCUGGCUGUCGUGGUGCUGGCCCGCUUGCUUGGAGCUAUCGCACGGCUCGUGCUCCGGCGUGUGCUCCACCUGGUGGGUCACCUCGCCGAGCAGCUGCUGGAAGAACUUCUGCAACAGGCCAGUGAGGCCGUCACGGUUCCUUUCUCGGCCGGCCAUGGCCAGUGCCCUGCUCAGCUUUCUUGGCCUUUGUUGACGCAGCUUCUGCUCACGGUCACCACCUCCAUGGCAGGCGCAUUUGGCCAUUACUUGUACAUUCGUCUGUGCCGCCGAGUUAUGCGAGUGGUGUAA